GGUAUUUUAAAUCGAAGCCUUUCGUUUUUGUAUGCUCAAACUGUCAUUGAACAAUCCAAGGAGAUCUAGUGAAAGUAUUGGGUUCGUCAAAUAUUCAAAAAAGGUAACAUUUAUACUGACAGUUACGUGAUUGACACUGGCAGUUUGUCAAUACCAUACAUACCUAACUAUUUUAUUUUUUUCUUAAUAAUGACUGACGUAUAUCAAUAACCAGUUAUUGAAGUAUCAUUUGUCGCUUAAAUUGCCAAGUUGUAGGUUGUCGGCUGGUAAUUUAACUCCACCAGGUGCUUACAUGGGAACACAAUAUGUAUUGUUGUACAUUUCACAAAUCUAGAAAACGUACUUAUUGUAUUAAGAUGUAAAAUUUUCGGGUUUUAACAUCAAGAGCUGUGUGGAUAAAAAUAUACACGUAUAUCGUGUGAGUCUAUGGAGGUUGAUACUCCUCAGCAUGAAAACGAUUACACCGUUUGUUACUCAUAACGAUAAAACGAGCUACCAUGUGUAUGAACCAGCGACCAAUAAAACGUAGAGAUAUGCAUGUGGACGGAUUUGAUAGCGAAUUGCAUGAAACACGUAUUCAAUACAAAAAUUUGAAUAUGAAUAAUCAUUCAUUAUCGUCUAAAGGGUAUUCAACGUCAAGAAAUAAGCAUACAAUAGCAUGUAUAUGGGAACCAUACAAAUCUAGAGAUUAGACAUCAGAGUCACGAAUGCAGUCAUUCUAAUGAAAACGUUGUUUAUUAAUAUUGUUAAACACCAACAGGCGAACAAUAAAAUAAACUUAUAAUCAUUACAAUGGUCUUAAUUGCCAACUGUGUGUUUCUAAUAACAAUAGAAUUUUUUCAACUAAACACUACAAUAUAUGUGCGAUAUCAAGCAGGAAAUGUCAUCUCCUUCAACCCUGAAUGGCCUCCCGUUUACUGUAAGCAGCGUGGAAUGUAUAUUUGCAUGAAGCGGUACCUUUGCCCGCAGUUCGCUGCAUUUGUUGUACCGAUGUUUCGCUGUAAGGCAUCUAGGAGAAGAUGGGUUCGAAACUCUUCCUAAGGUAGUCUUCGAUUUCUUGCCGCGUUUCUAUCACCCGUCAAACGCUGAAUUUCGGUGUCUGUGUUCUUGUGCGAUUCUAUUACGCCUGAACAUGUCCAUGUACCUACACAUAAUCUACAGAUACACACAAACCAUGCAUGUUCUACAGUAUAUUUUUUGUUUGUGUGAGACUGCUUAUUGUUUAAACAAAGUGCGCAAGCCCUUUCCUGUCUCUAUACACCGGGGUGUUAGGAAUUUUGGCACCACAUUCAUGCCAAUUAUAGCUAGUGUUUAGUUGAAAAGAUAUCGGUGUUAAAUGAACUUGAUAAGAAUUCUAUUGUUAUUAGAAACACAUAGUUGGCAAUUAAGACCAUUGUAAUGAUUAUAAGUUUAUUUUAUUGUUCGCCUGUUGGUGCUUAACAAUAUUAAUAAACAACGUUUUUAUUAGAAUGAAUGCAUUCUUGACUCUGAUGAGUGAUGUCUAAUCUCUAGAUUUGUAUGGUUCCAUAUACAUGCUAUUGUAUGCUUAUUUCUUGACGCUGAAUACUUUAGACGAUAAUGAAUGAUUAUGCAUAUUCAAUUUUUUGUAUUGAAUACGCGUUUCAUGCAAUUCGCUGUCAAAUCCGUCCACAUGCAUAUCUCUACGUUUUAUUGGUCGCUGGUUCAUACACAUGGUAGCUCAUUUUAUCGUUAUGAGUAACAAACAGUGUAAAACACUUCUGUUAACUCUGCACAUGAAGAUCCUUCGCUCAAAAUCUCAGUUUGUAAUCUGGUUGUGCUACAUGGACGCUGACAUAGGAUCAAAAUCAUUUUAUAUUUGAAUUCAUAAUAUGCCGUUUAUAUCCGUUCAGUAUAUUUACUUAUUUAUCUAAGAACAUGCUACAUAUGACAUACACACAUACUUUUACCAAAGCACAUGCUACAUAUGACAUAUAUAAGACAUAUAAAUACAAAUGGCACGUACAGCUUUCGCCAAUUACAGCGAUCAUAUGAAACCAUACAGAGAACUCAAUGACAGAGUGUCAUUAAAAUGAUAGGUUUUCUUCUUAUGUAGUAAAGAAUGGCAGAAAAUCCAACUGCAAAACCGGAGUUAGAACCAACAACUGGGCAAGGUAAAAGUUUUCGACAAUUUCUUCCGUUGGAUCGCCAGGCAUAUUCUACAUUAACCAGGUUGAGUAAAACAUCUUUGAAAUUGUCUUUUAAUUCGAUUUGAACCUUACAUAUUUCAGAAAGAGGAUAGUAAAGGGUAUUUUUGUGAGAUGUAAAUUGCCAAUAUUAAAUUUUUUCGUGAAAUGACGGUUUUUGUAUCGUGAAACCUGAAUUUCAUGCAUAGCCGUGUGAGCCAUGAUUGCCGGUAAUUUUGUCCGGGAAAUGAUAAUUUAUUUGAGGCUGGUAGAAUAAAGGCUGGACCAGUAGAGAGACGUGCGAAUGUAAAGAAGAGCAAUGCUUUGGAUUUUAAAAAAGUCUUUCAAUUUUGAGCUUUGAUGCAGUGGUAGACCGCGAGCAGUCCCUCGAAGAAAUGAGGGACCGCCGACAACACAUCAAGAAACGAAAUACGCCCACUUUUCGCUCUUGUCAAAUUGGCUCCCUUUGCAUAAACAUUACUAUAUCCAACUAAAUCUAUCCAAUAGGAAACCGUUAAUGUCAUGUUUAUUUACAGGCCUAGGGUGUAUAAAAAAAGGUAAUCGAACUUCAGCGCGCUAUUGUACCUGGAUUACUCGGCGUAUGAACAUUUUUUUCAUAUUCGAAAAGAUGAGGCUUUUAGCUGUUGAAUGACAUGUUUUUCAUGCCAAAUGGAGAAAAAAUACGCAAGUACGAGUCCGAUAGAAAAUGUUAGUCAGAAUCGCAUAUUACAACGGUGAAAAUAUGCGAUCUGACUAGCAUUUUUUAUCAGACACGUACUUGCUUACUUUUUAUCCAUUUGGCAUGAAGAACAUAUCAAUCAACAGCUAAAAGCCUGAUCUUUAAGAUGAUAAAAAAAUCUCGUUCAUACGCAGUAAUUCAGACACAAUAGCGCGCUGACGUUCGAUUACUUUUAUUUUGACACACCCUGUAUAAAUCAGCAUUCACUCUGGAAAUUAUUUAUAGCAUAAUUACUACAUAUCAGAUUUGAUUGACAAACGUAUCGAUUUCGACCAAUGGGAAUUUUGCGUUGUGUAGGCAACGCGGUUUCAUUUCUUGCUGUGUUGUCUGCAGUCCCUCCUUACCUUUCUCGUGCCCGGAAAUCUAAACCCGCGGAAAGGAGGGACCGCUCGCAGUCUGAUGCAGUGGUGAAAUAUUUAGUUUCGAAGAAGUAAAAAUAUGCUAACGGUUUACUGAGUGCUCAAGACAACAAAGAGCGCCUUUCAAUUUUCGCGAAAUGGUUAUUUUUUUACAUGUAAAAUGUCUAUUUUUCUUUACGUGCUCUCUCCUCCGCAGAGUCUUUAGAUGGCGGAUCUUGGAACACGAGCAGAGUCGCUGGGCGAAGGAGCGCAGGCGGGAAAAGCACGAUUCCACACCCAACAUGGCGAUAAACAGGGGAGGAUAAUUGUCAAACGCAAAACUCAAGUCAAAAUGACUGAGAAAAUAUCUCUUUAUGAUACUGCAACAAGCUCACAAAGACACAAAGAGAUUAUUUUACUAGCUCUACGAAAUAAGAAAAUGUUAUGUCCAGUUUGCGAGAAAACAUCUGCUAUUUUGUCUACUGUAGACAGGGUCUCCCUCUAGUCCACACUGUAAAACAAUGCACACAAACAACGUAUUUAGCGAACAGGUUUUGGUAGAAGGCGAUGCUUUGGUUCGGUAAUAUGCAAGCGAAGAAACUCUGACGAAUAUAAUGGCUUUGUCCGAGAAACGAAGUAGGAGAUAAGAAGUAAACAUUGCUUGCUUAAAUACUUCUAAAUAAGCAGUUCAAUUUAUAUUUGUUUUAAAUACAAUUUUAAAUAAAAAAAAAAAUGAGUAUGUAGCAUACAGAACGGCAUUAUUAAAUUUAUUAUCAAGACUGAAAAUACCAUUUCAACUAUUUCUACUUCAGCAAUAUUUUUAAACAAACGUGACCUUGUCUUCCGAACCGCCCACAAACCCCCUCCCCCGCCCCUCCACUUAUCCUGUUUAUGCCUGAUUUUCAUAUUAACUGAUCAAUAAAUCCUAAGCUUAAUAGUGAAAGGUAUUUUGGCGGUUGUGAAAUGUCGAGAAAGAGACGAUUCUCAGUGGCAAAAGUAAGCUAAUUUUAAAUGGAGAGUAUGUUGACCGUGCAUGGUUCAGUGUUACAAAAAUAGUUAUACAGUAUUAAAUGUACCAUAUAGAGAUUAGUAGAAAUAUCCCUAUAUCGAAAAUAGUUAAACGCGCACGUACGGUUUGGUUAACAUCUACAAUUUCUAAUGUUUAGGUAUAGCUUUUCCAGUGAACGUUACUAAAUAUCACUCCUAAUUGUCUUCCAGGAAAACCGGAAAUUUCACAGUGCAUGGAAUAUUUUUCACACUGUCCAGCACCUAUGUAAUUAAAUGUUAAUGGGGGUCUUUUCUAUUUGUUGUCAGAAAAAAAUUAGUAUCAAUUAGGUAGUUUUAAGAUAUCAGACCAGUCUUAACCACCCCUUCAAUUUUUUUUCAUAUACGGUACAUUACUACGUAGUUAAGAACAGAUCUUUUAUCUGUCAAACAUAACAUAGAGAAAUGUGAGAACGGCAUGAACAUAUAUUGAAUGGUUAAUUCGGGAGUUCGGAAAGUGCAUAUUAAUUAAACUAGAUUCAUAUUCUCCUACAACGAGCCCUUCUUAAAGCGUGGUCAACGGAGCUGAACGAGAGGUUCCGUCGGAAAGCAUAAUAUUAAUAAAAUCUGAUUGGCUGCAACGAAUUUGUCAAAAUAUGUCAAGACAGAAUUUAAUUAGUUAUAUAUUUUUCAAAUGCGUGAUAUAGAGAGCCAAUCACAUGAAGAUACAGCUGCGCGUACAUUCUGUGCACUGUUCACCUGCAAUUAUAACACAAAUAUAUUUCCAAAUCUCUCAGCAGACAUAAUGUUUGUGAUUGUGAAAUCAAACUAUUAGGUGUUCGAGCAUUCGCUAUUUGACUGGGAUCAGGUUUUGCUGCUUCUGAUUUUGACAUUUUCCAGUGCACCUCCGUUGACCGCGUGCACGCAAGAAAGAGCUCAGGGUAAGAAAAUGGAACUGGAUCGUCUAUAUAAAAGCCCGUUUACAUGCAUGUCAGUCAUUUUGGGCAUGGCACCCUUACAUUUUGGCACGAGGACCCAUUAUUUUUGGCACGGCACUCCUGAUUUUUGUCGUGUAAACGCAAAAUUAUAAAGGUCCGCGUUCCAAAAACUUUAGGCGGGCCGAGAACUCCUCAACAGGUAGUCUCGGCCCGCCUGAAAUGGGUCCGCGUCUUGUUUCUCACAUUGCAAAAAUAUUGUGUCUGUACAAACAAAAUAUCGAGAGAAAAUGUGGUCGGACGAAGCUAUAUAUUAUACAAGCUAGAGCUCUGAUACAUGCAUGUAUAUAUAUGGUAAUGCUUAAAGAAACUAUUAGCUACAAAGCAUAUAUUUAAUUAGUUUCAGCAAUGCAUACGUGCUGGUGAAGAUUAUUGUUGUUUCAUAAUUAAGAAUCAUCAAGCGCCAUCGGUAUUAGUAUUUUGCUACGUUUAUAUGGGUUUAUAAUGAAAAGGAUGUAAUGAAAAAAUGUAUUCGUGUCGUGCAAUUUUGGACUGAAGUCAAACUUGUGAUUACAAAUCGUACUCCGGCUUCGCAGUCGCGCGAUUUUGUAAUCACACAAAGUUUGAUUAUCAUCAGCGAGCUACCUUGUGGCGUAGUGGUUUAGAUGUUUAAAAAAUUUUUUCAACCUCUUUUGAGUCUGAUUUUAAGGUUAGAUCUGAGGGGUAGUAUUUAGGGUUGUCAUAUAGAGUAUACAAAAAGCGCCACGUAGUUAGCACGAAGAGCAGGAACUCGAAUGAGCCAUUGAAUGCCAAUAAAAUAAUCACAAAUAAUCACAUGCUUCCACGAUUUGUUUCGAUUGGUCAGAAUUAAGUGAAACCACGUGGGAGAAUAAAUCUUGCGCGAAAAAAACACGACCGAAACUAUUGCUCUCGCUUUAGCUCGAGAUAUAACAAUUAUCAAACGUAUAUUAUAUCCAUGAUGCACUUAUGGAAACCAAUGUUGCUUGAGAGCAAUUUAUUUCGUGGUCUAUUUUGAAAGUGUACUUCUGCAUUUCCUAAUUUUGAAUGAAUCAAUAUUAUCUUCAAAUUACCAAUGUUCAUGGUUCUACUUGAAAAUACCAGGAAAGUUAUACUGAGUGGAGAUUUAGAUAUUUACCUUACGCGUGCUUCCUUGUUUUCUUGUUGAAGCAGCCAUUUUGGAAAUAUCCAGAUCAUGUGAUACUCGGCCGGGCAGCUUUCUUUGGGGAUGGGAACAAAUUAUAUAUGUUGCUCAACAGCAACAUUGGCUUUGAAUAGAAAAAAAUUAUAUUGGCCACCAAGGGAGGGGUUACAAAUUCAAUGUUGCACCUGAGCAACAGUGGCCCCCAGAAGGUAUUUAUGUCCAUUAGCGAUGGAUAUGCUGUUUUAUAACAAUAUGAUCCUUUGGAGCGUUAUAAAAAAGGGGUAGUUGGAAUAUAGAAAAAUUUAGGUUUCAUUUGACGGUGCAUAUGAAACUGCUGUGGACAGUCCAAGUUUCAUAUAUUGCACCAAUAUAUAAAUGGUAGGGACAUAUCUCCUGGAUAGUUAAUUAUAGUCCGUCCUUAAAUACCAAAGGUUUGAUUACUAGUACCAGAAAUGGAAUUAGAUACUAAAACUUUGAGUUCUGGUAUCUCAGUUAGAACUGAAAAAUAAUUGAAAUAUCAUAGAUUCUUGCAUCUUACUCAUCUUUGUGCUAAAACUACACAUUUUGUGCGUGUCUUGCGGCGUGAACGCCUGAGUGGGUGUCUUGUUUGAUAUCGAAACACCUCGAAGAGUGUAUCAUGCACUGUAUGAGUCCACAUACGUCGUAUACCUCGUUCGAGAACCACACACUGCAAGAUCAAUUUGUACAAAACGUCCUGCAGGAAAAGGAAUCAAAAGUGUUUGAGGAAAAUAAUUUAUGGCUUUUUGUCCCUAAAUUUGAGUUUUCACGACAGAAUUAAGCUAAUACCCCCCCCCCCCCCCCUCAUCCACCCCCACCUUCCAAUAUUUUUUGCGUACAGCUGCUCUGCACGAAGGUAAUCGAAUUCAUUUAAUUUUUAAGGAACUGAAGAAAGACGUGAAACUAGAAUUUCUCCACGAAUUAUUGUUCAAAGUGGUGCGUACUAUAUUUUGUUGUUUGGUGAGCGUUAUCGUGAACAAAUUUUGGACGAAUUAAGCCAAGCUGCACAAAACGGAUAUGAUCUUUUAACGGUUAGUGUUCAUUCAGGACUUGAUGGAACCGUCAUCAUGUAUUUUCGAAUUUAAAGUUUUAAUUCCCAAGCCAACGUCCGGGGAAGCGGCUAUGGCACUCCUGCUUUUUGUGUAUAUUAUUAUUAUAUAUUUUUAUUUUUUUUCAAUGCCUGCUUCGAGCACGAUUUUUUAUCAUUUGCGUCUAAAAACGCAUUUGUUUUACAGAUCUUGUACGAAAUGUUUCUCUGUAAUAUAAUUUGGAGUUGUAUUUUGAUUUAAUCCCUGGUUGAGACACAACAGUAAUCCACUGCAAUACCGGUGCACGAUUGAAUAAACAGGAGAGAUAUUUCAUUGCACUAAGCAUAAAGCAUAUGCGAAUAUACAUUUCUUAAAUCUGAUAAUGCUUUAACAAGUGAACUAGGUAAAACAGAUAUUUUUAACUGUAUUUAUAUGUGGCAAUAAAUAGGUUUUAAAAAUAUUGUGUAGUGUUAGUUUCGUUGCUAAUCGACGCUAAGUCAUUAGGUAGACAAAGAUUGAGGUAGUUUAAGAUUAGGUACACACGAAUUUGCAUAGCUAAUAAGAUCCCAAUGGACAUAUAGGGAUAUUAGCUGUCGCCGUAGCAACUGUUACAAGUUGUCUUAUCAUCAUCAUCCUCAGAUUGUGUGUCCUGACGCGACCACUUGCUGGAAAUCGAUAAGAGCCUAAUCAUAAACGUAUGCGUCCUCACAGUGUUAGCCUACUAACACUGUGAGGACGUAUACGUUUACGAUUAGGCUCUUAUCGAUUUCCAAUUCUCCAAGACCUUUUAUAAAUGCGCUGAAUCCAACCGGUUCAGGAAUAUCUGGAUGAUAAGGCGUGACACAAAUAUUUCAUAAAGGUUUACAAUGUCAGAUUCUCGUAUGUCUUGUCUUCUGUAAACGAUUUCUCAUUUUCCAAUCCAAAUCAAAAUCCCCGUAGACGUUAGAGUUGAAUGUAGUAUUUCUUCGGCUUCGUGUUUAUCAUCAAUUAACGCCAAGAUAUUCAAGAAUGCCUUGAAGCCUCCACCGUCCAUGAGAUGAUCUUUUGGCACUAUCCAGGGUUGGAAUGAGGAGAAGACCUUAAGGCGGCUCGAUACAGUAUUAAAAAAAAUGGAAAAUUCACGAUUUAGAUGCGUAUUUUUGGAUUAUUAUUACUUGUUGAUAAACAAAAAGUACCUUACUUAUAUAAAACAACAUCUAACAAGAUUUAGCACAAAAGUUACGCAACUGCCGUUGCUAUGGUAACUAUGACGUUUCAAGAUGGCGGAUAUUUUGGCUUUAAAGUAAUUUAACUCGUAAACGACAUCGAUGAUCCCAAAUUUUAUUUUAAAAAAUGGUUUCUCUUAGUAUAAUCAAUUAUUUUGACAAUUUAAAAAAAAUUCUGUCGUGCAAAAAAAAAUUAUUGUGAAUAAUCACCUUUACUUAUUUUAAAAAGUUUCGGCUCCACAUAAUUUUUUUAAAUUGUAAACAUAGUUCAAUAUACUAAAAGAAAUCAUUUUUUUAAAUAAAAUUUGGGGGUCAGCGAUGUCGUUUACGAGUUAAAUUACUUUAAAGCCAAAAUAACCGCCAUGUUCAAACGUCAUUGUUGCUAUAGCAACGGCAGUUGCGUAACUUUCGUGCAAAAAUUCAAACUCUUUAGAUGUUUUUUAUAUAAGAAAGGUGCUUGUUGUUUAUCAACAAGUAAUAAUUGUCCAAAAAUACGCAUCUAAAUCGUGAAUUUUCCAUUUUUUUUAAACUGUAUUGAGCCACCUUAAUGCUGAUUAUAUCAUACACGUUCUACAAGCAAGUCCUUCUAGGGGUGAUCCAAGUACAAGUCCUAGAAAACCAAUACGGCGCUGAAUAUAACUAAUUCCUCUUUUCGUCCUAAAACUUCUCCUUCUGUUCGCUAGAUUAGCUAGAUCUUGUUUAAAACGUCUCAGUUUGUCGUUCGUUUUAUUAGAGUAUAUAAAAUGUUCUAUACAAUAACACAAACAUCGAAUUUGCUCAGCUGAUGCAAAAUUAAGAAGAGGUUGUUGUUGAGGUUCGAUUUAAAAAGUUCUACAGAGUCCGAAAUAACUACAUUUUCAGGCAACUCGUUCCAUUCCUUUACUGUAACGGUUUUAGGGAAAUACGAAAAUUUGUAAACAUCUUUCUUGAUCCUCGGGACUCUGAAUUAAUUUUAAAAGGAUGGCUACCGGAUGUCCGUGUUUCAGUGUGGGGAACCAGAUGAUUUUCCAAGUUCAUAUCCAAUAGGUUGUGAGACAUUUUAUACAUCGUUGUCAAUCUCACCUUUCUCCUUCUGAUUUCUGAUUUCUAAAGAUCCUUCAGUAUACCAGUGACACUUUCCAUUGGUUUAUUGUUACAUAAACAUAGCCUGUGUACAGCCGUUACUCUCGACGAAGCGCGCGAGAAAACGUCUGUGAGUUGGAUGCAUAAUCCUUGUUCAGGUCACGUGGAUAGUUCACAGUUUUGGGGACAGGCCUCUGAUUGGACAGUGCUUUAUUUGAAUAAUUUAUGAUAAAUGAAGCUAUUUCUUUGGUUAAUUGAUAAUUAGCAUGCGUUUAAAAUAACACCACAAAAAUUUUAAAUUUAGAGAUUUCCAGAUCAAGAAUCAAGAUUUCCUUCGGGGCAUACAAAAGUUUGAAAGACUUGAAAUACCAUCUGAAAAACGAUACACCAGAAAUAUAUGCAUAUAUACAUAUAUUUCUCGAUGAAGAGAUUUGUUUUGAAUGCGAACAAUGCUGAACGAUGAUCAUUGCCGGCAAGUCCGGUGAACAAGCUCAGUUCUUGGCGUACAUGUGGCGUAUAUUUGUUUACAAAGACAAAGUAUUAAAUAUAAAUACAACUGGUUAUUCAAAAGGUGCAUUUUAAAGUAAUAAUAUUAAAAGUUAACUGACCAAGUAAGAAGAAGUUAAACACAUUACAUGUAAAGAAAAUGCUUUAUCGCGAGGGGUCGGGACAUAUAAACAGAUUGUCAAUUUAUUAAAUUGUCAAUUAUAAAUUGUCAAUUUCCGUCCGAUAGUUUGUUGUAUUUUAUAUAUUUGUCAGCAUCGUCCGCUGAGUGUCCAAACACUAGAAUUUUAUCUUAAGCUUGAUUUUCUUAAACUUCGAUACAGCACAAAAUUACUAAUAUAAAAAACGUUCCAAAUAUUUUUUUUUAAUUACACCUUUUCGGUCCCCCUUUUGCAAAUUUUGGGGGCUCCUUAAACUGGGGUCCCGGGGCAAAUUGCACCGUUUGCCCCCUCCCCCCUUCUGGGCGACCCUGGUAGAAAGAAUAAAUCUUCCCGAAUUCGAUGACGUGUUUUGUUUUUAUUUUCCUCAAAGAAAGUGAGUUCGCUUCUGCAUUUUAUCAAGGUCAUUUUAUUGGCGUGUCCACUUACCCGAAACAAGCGUAAUUACAAUAUGUAAUUAGCAUAACUAAAAAGCAAUUCCUGUACCAAACAAAUAAAAAAUAGUUUGAUAAGAUUCUUAAAUAAUACAAAUAUAAAAACAUGCCUUUGAAAUAACGAGAUAUAACGCAGCCAAAAUCGCAAUGUUAAACUUUUCUCCAAACGUUCGUUGAAAAUCGUAAUUGUGAAUAAUAAUGAGACGCAACGCAUUGCGGGAAGAACCUCAUUCCUCCUCUGGGGCAUAACCAUGCACAAUGAGCUAGACAAGACAUCAUUCGCGGCUUCGGGAAAUGCACAACACAAUUUAUGAAACCAUAAAUUACACUCCUGACAUAUAACUACGGACUCAUGAGCUCCCACAAAAUUCAUACACAAGUCGCAUUUGGGCUGGACAUCGUCACCAGGGUUUAAUUCAACAUCACUCCCAAGUAGAAGCAACACAUGCGAUAACCACCCAUAAUUAUUUAAAACAUGCUUGAGGCUAUUUCACAUUCUUCGACCUAACCAAGCGAGCCAAAACUUCAAUUCCUGCUGAAAUGGCAUCCUUCUAGCCAGAGGAUGGCAAUUUUUAAACUCCAAAACUCCACCAGGAUUGUUACAACGACUCUCAACAAUUGUGAGCCUUCAUCGUUCGAAUGUGCAUAAAAAUAAAAAUAUUAUUAACAGAGCCCAAAUAGACACGGCCAUGUUUGCAUCAGACAAGUGUUUUGGGGUUUUUUUUUUAGUAUGAUAUAAAACGCCCAAAUCAUGCGUAAAUACGUAAUUCAAGAACUGAGCAAAUAUUAAUUAACGUAUGUCCAGAGCUUUCCAAGAUUCAAUUACUAAACUGGCCAUACGCGCGGAGUCAGAUAACGUCAAGAGUAACGCCUGUUUUAUACGCCAACGUCUGGGUGAUCAUUUCCAACGAGUGAUUCAACGUUGAAUAAACGUCGUUUUGCCCGCUGGACCGAAUUUUGGUCGCGUCGAAUGCAAUUAAGUAAGACAUUAGAUAACGAGAUGAUAAACCUCAUUUUCAACCUUCAUUAUCUAUUGUUUUAAUUGCAUUAAUCGCAAUCGAAAUUCGACGUAAGGAAUGAGAGCAAAAAAAGUUUAGGAUUGGCGUUUUGUCUUAGCAAAAACAUAUAUUAUUGUUUUUUUAAUUGUCGUCGGAGAUAUUCCUGUAGCUAAUGAUGGCAGUGUUUGUGUUCUAUUUUAUUGUUACAUACUAUACCAAGGAAAGUUGCAUCUGUUGUCGUGAAACCAAAGUGACCCAAAAUAUUUUUUUAAAUAUUUAUUCCAUCACGACAGAUCAAAACACUAACCUUGAAUUCUAUUGAAUUGUAUCAGGAAGGCCGCACAGCAGUUGAUGCUGUAGAAGAAGCAGUUCGUUUACUGGAAGACAGUAAGUACUUCAAUGCUGGCCAUGGAUCAUUAUUGAACAAUGAAGGUGAAGUAGAAUGCGAUGCAAUGAUUAUGGAUGGACACACAAUGGAAACAGGUAUAUGAUUUGGCAGAAAGCAAACAAUGUUGUCAAGUGAAAUACUCGUUAUCGAAGUAACGCGAUACCAUUACUUUUUUAGUAAGUUUUUGGUACUAGCUAUAAUUACUUACAUGCCAUGUGGAAGUAACGUUCUUACGUAAUUUAUUAAUUUAUCUAAAUAAAAAAUUAUUGCAAUCUGAUUGGUUAAGAGGAGGGCUAUUUUGUAUUAAUUGCACUCACCAGAAGUAUAAUUAAUGACUUGAAAGGCAAAAUGGCGGCUCCCUUUGUAAAUACAGUACAAACGAGUCUAAAAUUUACUUGCUUAAAAAGCAAAAAGUAAUUUUGUGUUAUGUGUAUGUAUUUUAUAUUUUUUCAACAUAAUCAACUAUGAAAAUUCCAAAAAGAAACGCCUGUUCAGCUGUCGAACGUUAACUAGUCAUGCUAUUGCGCCUGAUGUAACUUAAGAUAGCUCAAUACAAGCUACAAAAAUGGAAGGUUCACGAUUUAGAUCUGCUUUUUUAUUAUUACUUCGUAAAAAACAAAAAAUAUCUUAAUACUGGUAUAAACAACACCAAAAUGGUCUCAAUUUUUUCUCCAAAGUUGCACAACUUCGGUUGCUAUGGCAACAAUGACGUUUCAAGUAAUUUAACUUGAAAAUGUGAUGGGUUGCCCUCAAAUUUUAUUUCAUGAAAUGAUUCCUCUUAGUAUAAUCAAAAUUUAUUAUAGACCACCGCCCAACAUUCUGAAAGGUACACUCUGAUGGCAUUUUUUGUUACAAGCUGCUAACUGGCAUUUUCUUAUAGCUUACACAUUGGUAAACAAGACUACAUUUUGCGUAAUAAAGUACUAUAUGUUGACUAAAAAUACAAAAUUUCAAGUUCACUUUUCACAAAAAUAAUCUAUACCAUUAGAAAGAUUACAGAGAGGUAUAUAUAAGACAUUUAAGAAACAUUCAAACGUUAUUAUUGCCAUAUAGCAACGGUAGUUGCAAAACUUUUGUUACCCAAUGAACAUAUUAAUCAAAAUUUUGAACUCAACAAGUCUAGACAAAAUUUUCAUCACAGCUUGAAAGAGCAUCACAAAAUUAGCAAUAAUCCAAAGUUUCGUUGCGAAAUGUUGUAAAAUGCGAAUAAUAUAGCCUUUGCGAAGUUUGCAAUUUUCAGUUAUUUUGUAUUACAAACGGGAAAUGGUUACCACUUACGUGCGUAAUACAAAAUGACUGAAAAUUACAAACUUCGCAAAGGCUAUAUUAUUCGCAUUUUACAACAUUUCGCAACGAAACUUUGGAAUAUUUCUAAUUUUGUGAUGCUUUUUCAUGCUGUGAUGAAAUUUUAUCUAGAUUUGUUGAGAUCAAAAUUUUGGUUAAUUGGGGAUUGGUCCAUUAUUAACUCUGUAUCUUGAUCCGUAGGCGCAGUUAUGGGUGCACGCCAUUUUUCAAAUCCUGUUUCGUUAUCCAGAAAAAUCAUGGAAGAAUCAUAUCAUUGCGCCUUAAGCGGAGAGGGAGCUUUGAGAUUUGCUGAGAGAAUAGGCUAUCCCAUUUGUGAUCCGAAAGAUCUUAUAGAAGAAGAGAUAAAAAAGCGUUCAAGUGAUCUUAAUCUAACCUACAAGCGCUAUUCAGAUAUUAUAAAAUGUUACAUUUUGGGAGAGGCACUGCCUGAUAAUCCUGAAAAUAACGAAAGUGAGCAACCCCCUACCUCCUCUGACGCCGCUUUGCGUGUUAGGGAUACCUUCGACACAGUAUCAGCCGUUGCUUUGGAUAGCAAUGGGCACUUUGCGUGUGCAACAUCUACAGGUAAUAUUGAAAUAAAAUAG